CAUUCGGUUUAUCCGGUUGAUAAUAUCAGUGAAUCUAAUUGGAAUUUUGGUAUCAUAUUAAAGACAUAUUUUUGCAUUCGUACCUGUUUAGUGCAGCAGUUUUUGAUUAAUUUUAUACUAUUCAACUUCAUAGAAUAAAGCUUCAUAAUGAUGGAUGGUGAUGAUGAUUCUGGAUCUGCAAGUCCUCAAAAAAUUGUUCCAGAUACAAAGCCCAACACGGAAAAUCCUAUCAAAGACACACAACCAGAAUCCUUACCUGAUAAUACUUUAAUUGUGGAGAUUUCUGAUGCACUUAGCGAGAAAGAUAGAGUGAAGUUCACUGUUCACACUAGAACAACUAUGCCUUGUUUUGCAAAACAGGAUUUUCUUGUUGUUCGUCAGUUCGAAGAAUUCGUUUGGCUCCAUGAUAGAUUUGAAGAGAAUGAAGAAUACGCUGGUUAUAUCAUUCCACCUGUUCCUCCUCGACCAGAUUUUGAUGCAUCAAGAGAAAAACUGCAACGUUUAGGUGAAGGCGAAGGCUGCAUGACAAAAGAAGAGUUCAAGAAGAUGAAAGCUGAACUCGAAGCUGAAUAUUUGGCGACUUUCAAGAAAACUGUUGCAAUGCAUGAAGUUUUCUUACAACGUCUUGCACAACAUUCCGUUUUUCGAACAGAUUCUCACUUGAAAGUCUUUCUUGAAUAUGAUCAAGAUUUAUGUGCUAAGCCACGCAAUACGAAAUCUUUAUUCGGUGGAUUAGUACGAAAUUUAAGUAAAACAACAGAUGAACUUUAUCUUGGAGCAACAGUUCGUGAUGUCAAUGACUUCUUUGAAAACGAGCUUCAGUUUUUAAAUGAAUAUCACUCUCAUCUUAAGGAAGGCGCUUCAAGAAGCGAGAGAAUGGCGAAGAAACACAAGGAACUCGCUGAUAGUUACAUUAAAAUAUCAUCAGGGCUCAUUCAGCUUUCGACUAUUGAACAAGGAUCAAUGGAGAAAUUCUGUGCUAAGACAGCUGAAACAUUUGAAAAGAUGAGAAAUAUGGAAGGAAGAGUUGCAAGUGAUCAAGACUUGAAGUUAGUUGAUACAUUAAGGUAUUAUCAAAGAGAUAGCAAUGCAGCCAAAGCACUUCUUGUUCGACGAUUAAGAUGUCUUGCAUCGUACGAAGCUGCAAAUAGGAAUUUGGAGAAAGCUCGUGCUAAAAAUAAAGACGUUCAUGCUGUAAGUAUUUUAUGUUCAGUUCUUCAUUUAUCAUCAAGUUUAUUAUAUUAUUGCAUUCUUUACACGCAUAAGCCUUUGGAAGUUCAAGAAGCUGAAGAUCUUCAAACGAAAGCAUGCGAGAAGUUUGAAUCUAUGUCUGCACGUGGAAAAGAAGAAUUAAUAUCAUUCCGAAAGAGAAGAGUUAAUGCAUUCAAGAAGAGUCUUAUUGAAUUAGCUGAACUUGAAGUGAAACACGCAAAGACUCAGUAUGAUUACCUGAAGGUGUGCUUAGAUGAAAACUUGCUUAAAUUGCAAGAAAUUUAAGCUUAUAGCUCAGCAGCUCUUUGGAUCAAAAUCGAGUAUCUAAAUAUUAUCUAAUUUUAUUAUCAAUGUGUUUAUUUUCUUUAUUAAUUGUAUUAAAUUCUUCCAUUACAAGAACAUUGCAAUUUCUAAGAAUUAAUUAAAUUUAUGUCUAUUUGCCGAUGCUUAUCCGUACAAUUUAUGAAUGUUUAUUCUUACUAUUACAUUAUGUUUUCGAUAUUAUUAUAUUAUCACAUCUAUCCAGAUUAGUCACAUAAUAAAAACAUUAAAUUUCAUAAAAUGAAUAAAACCAAAAGAUUCGUAUAUAUUGAAAGAAAUUUCAUCUCAAUGGCACUCAC